AUGGGUUCCUCGCGUUGUCCUCGGAGAAUACGUGAAGAACUCUUCAUGAAGACAGUCCGAGGUGCCAUAUGUGUUCGAUCUACUAUGCAAGUGACGAUGCAGUGCUCCAUGAGAACAUUAUCCAUGUUAUUUUACUACCCGGAUCAUCGGCUGUGCCGAGGUCGGCCUGCCGUCGGAAAGUGGCUUGGUAUAGAAAUCACCUGUUUAACCUUACUAGCCAAUGUUUAUACCAAGGCACCGAAUAUGUUCGAUCUGACCAUAUGGCGAGAUGGUCAUUCAUGCACAGCCUGUGUGGUCUACGUCAGGAUACACUUGACCAAGUCUACAUCACAGAACUCGACUCAGAACCGAUGUGCCCGGAUGUACCCCGAUGUACCACAGUUCUUGGUGAGAAUGCAACCACCAUGUUCCGAAACGAAUACCGUAGAGAAAGGGUACGAUCUGGCUUGGAAUGUGACGUGUGCCAUUCUUGGAGGUAUCGGUACCAUCGCAACGAUGCCCGUUCGUCAAGUCAAGAGACUGAUGAAACUCAGGUAUAAAGGUCAAGCUCGAGACUGCCGAUUGAGACAUCACUUCAUUAGCAACUCACUCCUCUACAACAAUCACUUCUUCAGUAAUCUACUACUUUCUCAAUCUUCCCCCCGUCCUCCCAAUCACUUCAACUUCAAAAUGUACUCCACUGUCAUCCUCAGCGCUCUACUCGGCAUUGCCGCCUCCAUGCCCUUGACCGCACGUCAAGCCACCAACGAACUCAUUGAGCUUCCUAUCUAUCUCAUGGGCCAGGCUCAGGAUGGUGUUCAAAGCCUCACAGCCUCUCUUGAGCGCGAGGGAGACCGUGAGAUCGUCCACCUGAAUGAUAUCCCCAUUCCCGCUUUCGAAAUCACCAGCGAGAUGCUUGAGGAGGGAUUUGACCUUGAUGUUAAGGGCGACAUCAUGGGUGUUCCGAUCAGGUUUCCCCUUCAUCUCUUUGCCAAGGAGAACGGCCAGAACAUCACCAAGCGCCAGAACGAGCUCAACUUUGGCCCAUUUUCUAUUCGCGGCUUGGACUUUAACAUGGACGGUGUCCCCGGUGACUUGAACGUGGAUCCCAGCAAGCCGCUUGGUGACCUCACAUUCUCCAUCGAUUCAAUCAACGUGAACCAGAACCAGAAGCGCCAGGUCAAUUUUUGGGAUGAAGUCAUCGACAUUGGUGUUCAAAUCGACGACAUCAACAUCAACACCCGCCGAAGCGUUGCUGAGGUCGAGAAGCGUCAAACUGAUAUCAGCUUCUUCGGCGGCAGGGUCGAGCUCACUGAUUUCGAAGUGGAUGUCAGCGUUGCGGGGAAAAUGAAUGGGAAUGGCAAGAAUCUAGGUCCAGAUAUAGACGUCCUCAAGGCCAAGCGUGAUGCAAGUCAUAAGGCCCCCAGCCUCUCCCAGUUUACAGGUAUCAUCCAAUUCACCCAGACAUACAGAAAUCACGGUCUGAAUCAAAACUCCAUACUAGGACAGGCUUAUCUUCAGCAAAGAUUAUUUUUGAUUGACGAUACGACAGGGCGACUUCUACCGGUACAACGGACCAGGGUUUACCUAUCUGGUGCACAAGACACCCUUGGCGAAAAAACAGCAGCCUUCUUCAUGCCGAAGAAGAGGCAUAACACAAUAGCGAUAGCAAAUUCCAGCACAAUGCGGCUUUCAAACCCAAAGUUUUAUCUGGAUGCCAGCUCAAAGGCAAAUCAUUCGAUACACCAUCCCCUAACCAGGAGGCUCUAUCCCUACAAUCCCCCAAUCCCCACUGCCACGAACCCCAUCAACUACAUGAAAAGAAGAACAAGUGAAUGCUUCAAAUUCAUCUAUACAAAACUAUCUCUCCCCUGUCCCGGACACGGCCGCGGCUCCCCAACUCUUCCGUCUAAUCCUCCAACGCCACUGUUCCGGAUUUGCCUCCCGUCAGCUGGCUCAACCAGUCGAGAAAGUAACGGCACCCAGGACCGCAGCGAGUAA